UUGUAAAAUGGUACAGUCUCCAUGAAAUGGGUGUGGUUGAAUCGUGCUUAUGAGAUCUAACGUUUAGGAAGCGCAGACCGGGUGAUUUUAUCCGAAUUUGUUAUUGCACGUAUUGGUACAUUGCUUAUUUAAAUCAUACUAAAAAAUCCAACGUGUAAACAAUAGGCUAUUGUUGCAUGUUCUUGGUUAUAGAUGUAUCGAUGGGCGCGUUUCCUGCUCCUCCGGCAAGAUAGCCUAGUAGCUUUUUGAUAUUCUUUUUAUUUUUCUCUCAAGAGCUCAAGCCAGUGCUUUGCAAUUUAUUCAAUAAUUCAUUUUUUGACGAAGAGGCGACCGUCAUUACGAAGUGAGGGAGUGAGGGAGAGAGGGAGGAGGAAGAGCUCCGUGAACAAGGGAGGAAGGAAACAAGGAUACCACAUACAGAGUAAUUCGGAGACAGAACAUUUGUGUUAAUUUCACAGGGUUCAAUGCAUGUUCUUUGGCGCGUGUAAAGACUGCAAUUGUGUUCCACCACCUUAGACAAAGAUGUUUUUGUGCUGAAGGUCUCGGGCGUAGAGUCAAAUCAUUCCGAAGAGGAAACGGGAACACGAGCAGAUUUCAUCUUUUCAAGAGGUCCAAUCAAACGGAGAUAUGGUUUCUCUGUAUAACGCUGUAAUGUUAAUUUGACGUUUCGGGCAACGUUGGAGAUUCACCGAGCAACAAUCGACAACAGAAGAACCAGGGUGGAUAGUAAAAUUUAUCUUCGUAUUUUUUGUCACAAUUUUUUUUAUUGACUACGAGGGACCUGAAACCACUCCUGGCUUUUUUCUUUGAAACAUUGUUUCCAGAAUUUACUCGACAAUAACCAGCAACCAUCAUCGGAAACAUUAACAAACAGGUGACUGAGAGCUACAUCUGCCGGCCAGGGACCGAUCCAAGAUGAGCGAGCUGGAGCAGUUACGCCAGGAGGCAGAACAGCUGCGGAACCAGAUCAGAGACGCCAGGAAAGCAUGUGGGGACUCGACUCUGACACAAAUCACGGGGGCUCUGGACCCUGUGGGGAGGAUCCAGAUGAGGACGAGGCGCACCCUUCGCGGGCACCUGGCCAAGAUCUACGCCAUGCACUGGGGCACCGACUCACGACUGCUGGUCAGCGCCUCUCAGGACGGAAAACUCAUCAUCUGGGACAGCUACACCACCAACAAGAUGCAUGCCAUCCCCCUGCGUUCCUCCUGGGUCAUGACCUGUGCCUACGCUCCCUCUGGGAACUACGUGGCCUGUGGAGGCCUGGACAACAUCUGCUCCAUCUACUGCCUGAAGACACGCGAGGGCAACGUGCGAGUCAGCAGGGAGCUCCCUGGACACACAGGUUACCUGUCUUGCUGUCGCUUCAUCGAUGACAAUCAAAUCAUCACCAGUUCAGGAGACACUACCUGUGCAUUGUGGGACAUCGAGACGAGCCAGCAGACCACGGUGUUCUCAGGCCACAGCGGUGACGUCAUGAGCCUGUCCCUGUCCCCGGACUUCCGCACGUUCGUGUCGGGCGCGUGCGACGCCUCCAUCAAGCUGUGGGACAUCAGGGACAGCAUGUGCAGACAGACGUUCACCGGACACGAGUCCGACAUCAACGCUGUCUGUUUCUUCCCCAACGGGAGCGCGUUCGCCACGGGCUCCGACGACGCCACCUGCCGUCUGUUUGAUCUGCGCGCCGACCAGGAGCUCAGCCUCUAUUCCCACGACAACAUCAUCUGUGGGAUCACAUCCGUUGCCUUCUCCCGCUCCGGACGCCUGCUGCUGGCCGGAUACGACGACUUCAACUGCAACAUCUGGGACGCCAUGAAGGGGGAUCGAGCAGGUGUGCUAGCCGGCCACGACAACCGUGUGAGCUGUCUGGGGGUGACGGAUGACGGCAUGGCAGUCUCCACCGGCUCCUGGGAUAGCUUCCUCAAGAUCUGGAACUGACGAGCUUCAUGACGCGCACACUCACUCGCACGCACGCGCGCACACACACACACUCAGACACACACUCAGACACACACACACAUAGACCAUACACAACUAUUCACAUCUCACACUUUGGUACACAUAGUUUGCACACUGUAUUCACACUGUUCGUACGACUUACACACACACAUUGAAACAUUUUACUGUACAUAAUAUAUAUAUCGCCAAUUAGAUAUGAGUUUACACAAAUACACACACUCCACAUCACAUUGUAUGCAGGAAGAGUUCACUAGAAUACAAAACGUCCCAGAUUAACCUACAACCCAGAGUUACACACACGCCAUUGGAAUCACAGCGUGACCAAACUCACAUAUGCUCAACUAAAACAUAUUCAAAUGACACGUAUUACCUAAUUUCUUUUGUUGCUAAAUACAUGUAUGCCCACACACGCACCCCCACACACACACACACACACACACCCACGCACCCCCCACACACACACUCUUCCUGAGAAGAUUUGAUCCCUGAGCUAAGCGGGAGAAGUUAUUGGACUAUCCUGUUGGUUUACUGAAGUCCCAAAUUUCCUUUGCCUUGGUUCUGUAAACAUGCUCGUCAUUUGAGUCAGUGCAGACAUGAAAGAGCACGCUACUCUGCAACCUGAAAAUAUAACCCAUACGGCAGAGUAGAGAACCGGCAGAAUGGAUCGACUUUAAAGAGACACAGUUAAAAGAAUAUUAAGAUAAACCAUCAAUUUAAAAAGGUUUCUUCUGGCUCAAACUAAAUGCUAUCAUGUAGUUACUGUUUUUAUAGAUAUUUACCCCCACAUAUAUAAGUAAAUAUAUGAUAGUUUUGUUUUGAUGUUUUUGUUGUAUUAAUUUUUUACGCCUAUUUUAUUGAUGUUUUCCCUGUGUGCCUCAGAUACACUUUAAGGAUAAUUAUUAGAGAAUAAUGAUGAAAUUAAAACUAAAUGAAAUCAAUAAAAUGAGAGACUCAUAAGGUGAACGCGAAAAAAAGAAACUGAUAAUUUAGAGACAACUCUCAAAUACGCAGGGGGGCAAUAUUCAUACUUUUGACUUUGUCAAUAUAUUAUGUCAACUUUAUGAUAGUAAACAUUGUACAUAUUAUUAAUAAAUACAUCAAGCCUCUCCUGCCAGAAUGUGCUGUGGGUGUUUCUUGUUCCGGACUUUUUUUUUUUUUAGGUUUUCAUGUUUGGGGUUUGCGUUAUUUAAACACAACAUGCGGUCGAUCAAAUUAACAUCUGACUGACAUCUAAAGAUGAAAUCAAUGUUUUAUUUUUUUACUCCAAACAAUUCUCCAUUAAGACUUUACACUUUUGAGUUCAUUCAACACAAGCUUUUUCAAACUUUAAUGUUUAUCAGUCCAUGAAAUACAAUCUAAAGUUAACCCUUCAAAAACAAACACUAAACAUACAGUGUAAAGAUGUUUUCGUUUUUCAAAAAACAAGAGAUUAUUGAAAAAGGAUCAGUAUAGAGAUUAUAGACUUGCCAUCAGUCUUAGCCACUCUCUGAUCAGUCUUGGUUCCAACAGCAAUCAUCUGGAUUACAAAACGAUUAAUACGUUUAUACAUCUAUUCAUUCCACAAGGAGACUUCCAUGAAGUGCCUCAAUCCUGUUCACCUACUGGUGGUGAUCGAAAUCAUUCAUUUAUUGAUGUUCAUACUUCAUCAAAGGCAGUUACUGGGAUGGAGUUAUGGAUGCAGAAACCAAACAAGCAUCAGGAGUGAAGAGUUACUAUGGUGACAAUGUGGAUCAGAAGGUAGAAGAUAUAUAUUUUCCUGUGAUCGAGACAAAAAAAAAAAACUGAGACUAAGCUAAAAUACAGAUUAUGGUUAUAUCUUGUCUCACGACGGACGAACAGACCAUCUUACAUUCAGUCUGCCAAAGGCCACAGAACAUCCCUACAGUCACACAGACAGAACAGGCUUCAACUUUACUUUAUAUUGCUUACGAAUAAGAAAUGUCAUUAUAUUUGAUAUGACAAAGAGCAUCUAUCUCCAUGACAGAUCAUUUCCUGUCUCGGUCGCCUGAACUGCCCCCCCCACCCCUUCCCCUCCCUCCCACCCCUCCUCCAAUCUCUAAAAACAUUUGAACACUCUUACCCUUCUGUUAGUGUCCACUCUGUUAUAGCUUUCCUCUGUGCCAUAAAAUAUGUUGUGCUUUGAUUAAUAUAGCAGUAAAUUAUGUUAUACAAAUACAAAUCUGCCUCUUAGAUUUACAUUCAUUUUAAUGUAUCAAUAUAAUUUACAUAUCAUUUAAUAAAAUAGUUAUUUCAGAAUAUAUUAAGCUACUUCACUUUUACCCCCAUCAAAGCAUCAUUCAAAAAUGACUCUUCUAUGACAUCACAAAUCUCCUAGGUUACUGGGGUCUGAUCUCCUUGUGACAUCACAAGUCUCCUAGGUUACUGGGGUCAGAUCUCCUUAUGACAUCACAAGUCUCCUAGGUUACUGGGGUCAGAUCUCCUUAUGACAUCACAAGGCCUCAGUACAAUGGGUGACCUAUGGCUUUACUCUGCACUGUUCCAACUGCAUCGUCAUGGGAAUAUAAUUUAUGUUAAUCCCAGAUGGGGUUGGGAUUAGCUGUCUUUGCUUUCACUCCCCCCCAAAA